GGCCGGGCGCUCCGGGCUCGAGGCGGGAAGUGGGCGCGGCGAGGGCUGUGCUGGGCGCUCGGCGGCUGCGGACCAGUAUGGGAGUGGGGCCGCCCGGCCGCCCUCAGCGUCUGGAGCCCCGCUGAAGCUGCAGCGGAGACCCCGCUCGGGAGCCGAGAUGUGUCUGCGCCUGGAUGGGGAAAUGAAGACUCAGAAGUUUGAGUAUUUUGCUGGAGUCAGUUCAGCAAUUGUGGCCUGAGUGUGGGUGACUUCCGGAAGGUGCUGAUGAAGACGGGGCUGGUACUGGUGGUGCUGGGCCACGUGAGCUUCAUCGCAGCCGCUCUCCUCCACGGCACAGUGCUGCGCUAUGUGGCAGCCCCCAACGAUGCUGUGGCUCUGCAGUACUGUGUGGUCAACAUCCUCUCUGUCACUUCCGCCAUCAUGGUCAUCACCUCAGGGAUUGCAGUCAUCGUGUUAUCACGCUACCUCCCCAGCAUCCCUCUGCGCUGGACAGUGUUUAGCUCGAGCGUGGCCUGUACCCUUCUCUCUCUGACCUGUGCUCUCGGCCUCUCGGCCUCGAUUGCUGUGACCUUUGCCACGCAGGGCCAGGCACUGCUGGCUGCCUGUACUUUUGGGGACCCCGAACUACUGGCACUGGCGCCCAACUGUCCCUUCGACCCCACUCGCAUUUACAGCUCCAGCCUGUGUCUCUGGGGCAUCUCGUUACUGUUCUGCAUGGCAGAGAGUGUGUUUGCUGUCCGCAGUGCCCACAUCACCCACCAGUUGCUAGAACUGAGGCCCUGGUUGGGGAAAAGCAGCCAUCACAUGAGAUCCUCCCAGCCCCCCCACUCCUCCCACUUUCUGGAUAUCCUGGAGGAGGAGACCCAGACCCAGUGGGUCUGGCAGCCUCUGACAUCUCCACAGAUGCAGGAGAGCCCAGAGCCUGUGGAGGACCAUGACCUGCUGAGCUGCACUAGCUCUGGGAUGAUGACCCUUUGACAGCAGUUGCCUCACCCAAGCCCCUUGGCCACUGGGGCCCUCCAGCCAAGUCUGCACUGUGAUCAGGCCAGGAUUCCUGGAGCCAGCCAGGAGGGAUCAAUGCCACUCCAGGACCCGGGUGGGUCUUUCACCCCUCUCCUCCAGCCACCCAGCCCACUGCACUGAAACGAGACUUUAUUCUGAAGAUAUUAAAAAGAACAGAGAUGCUCCACGUGGAUGCAUGCAGCGGGGGAGGGGACUCGGCCGGGGGCCUGUGCUGCUCUCCCACACAGGACACUGUGGGUGGCGCUCUAGGUGUGUCUGCCCAUCUGUCUGUGGGCCUGUGUGUGUAUCUGAGAGAGACAAGACACACAGAGGGGUCCGUGGGUCUGUGUUCAUCAAAAUGCUGAAACGCAGGCGGGGGUUCAUGGGACUCACAGCUGGGGGCUGGAAGCAGGAGGUUUUCCUUUUGCAUCAUGGCCUCUGGGCCAACAAGGGCAGGAGCAGGCAAGGUUGAGGCCCUCCUGCAGGGAAGGAUGGCUCAAGGAAGGUUUCUCCUCAAGCCCCCAAACCUCUGGAAUCCUUCCCUCCGCUCCAAAUAAAAAGACAGGCAUGAUUCCCAACUCCACCAAG